CAUUUACUUUUCGAUACUAGUAGGCCUCUUCAAGAAGAUCUCUUCCUUUUUUUCAUCCACUCCCUUGCAGCUUACCAUCAUCAGCAUAUCGAGCCAUGAGGUCAGCAUCCUUCUUCUACUCGGCCCUUGUGGCCUUGGCCCAGACGGGCACGGCAGCUGGUGUCACGGGCGCCGCGGAGGGCUUCGCAAAGGGCGUGACGGGAGGCGGCAGUGCCACGCCGGUGUACCCCAAGACCACGGCGGAGCUGGUAUCGUACCUCGGCGACUCGCAGGCGCGGGUCAUCAUGCUGGACCGCACCUUCGACUUCACGGGCACCGAGGGCACGGCCACGGAGACGGGGUGCGCGCCGUGGGGCACGGGGUCGGCGUGCCAGACGGCCAUCAACAAGAACGACUGGUGCACCAACUACCAGCCCGGCGCGCCCAAGAUGUCGGUCAAGUACGACAAGGCCGGCAUCCUCGGUAUCACGGUCAAGUCCAACAAGUCCCUCGUCGGCGUCGGCAGCAAGGGCGUCAUCCGGGGCAAGGGCCUGCGCAUGGUCUCGGGCACGAAGAACGUCAUCAUCCAGAACGUGCACAUCACCAACCUCAACCCGCAGUACGUGUGGGGCGGCGACGCCAUCACGCUCGACAACACCGACAUGAUCUGGAUCGACCACGUCACCACCUCGCUCAUCGGCCGCCAGCACGUGGUCUUGGGCAACGGGCCCAGCGGCCGCGUCACCAUCUCCAACAGCAAGUUCGACGGCCAGACCUCGUGGUCCGCCACCUGCGACGGCUACCACUACUGGGGCCUGUACUUUACCGGAUCCAGCGAUACCAUCACCUUCAAGAACAACUACAUCUACCACAUGUCCGGCCGCUCGCCCAAGGUGGCCGGCAACACGCUGCUGCACGCGGUCAACAACUACUGGUACGACAGCACCGGCCACAACUUCGAGACCAGCGGCGACGCCAAGGUGCUGGUCGAGGGCAGCGUCUUCCAGAACUGCGCCGCCCCGAUCGAGUCCGGCAGCACCGGCCGCCUCUUCGCCAGCUCCAGCGCCAGCUCCGCCUGCUCCGCCGCCCUGGGCCGCGCCUGCCAGCCCAACGGCUUCGGCAGCUCCGGCAGCCUCGCCGGCUCCGACACGUCGUUCCUGCAGUACUUUGCCGGCAAGAACGUCGCCAGCGCCACCGACUACAACACCGCCAAGAACGUGGUCAACACGGCUGGCUUCGGCAAGAUCUGAGUGGGUGGGUUGGUUGGGAUCCAACUUGGGAACGGGGAGGGGAAUGGAAAGGGGAAGGAGAUGCGAGAGUGGCAGAACUAGGAAGUACUAGUAGUAUUGGUGGAACUGUAUUGAGGUCCUAGCAGUCCUCCCACCGGCCACGUUGUGCGUGGCCUAACUUUCUGUACAUAUUUCACCUUUGGAGUAUAUACUUCUAUGAUUAUAUUAGUUCGUCCUUACCGCAUGGAACUACAGCCGGAGCAAGGGCAGUGAA